CUCUUCUCUUGCAUCCUCAGCUGUCAUGGCGACUCCUAACAGUGUGACUCCCACCAACUGCAGCUGGUGGCCCAUUUCGGCUCAUGAGAAUGAUGCCGGCAAUUCCAAAGAGCUUGAAGAUAACCCGGAGUCUUUCAGCCCCAAAUCCAAGGACACUCUUGUUUUGUAUCACUGGACACAGUCGUUUAGCUCUCAAAAGAUACGACUGGUGAUAGCCGAGAAGGGAUUCCCGUGUGAUGAGCGGGAUGUCAGCUUGCCACUCACAGAGCACAAAGAGCCUUGGUUCAUGCGCCUCAACCUCGGAGAAGAAGUGCCUGUGGUCAUCCAUGGGGACAACAUUAUUAGUGACUAUAACCAAAUCAUUGAUUACAUUGAAAACAAUUUUGUGGGAGAACUUAUCCCUAAAUUGAUACCAGAAACUGAGACCAUUUUCCACUCUAGAGUCCUCCAAUACAGAGAAAUCUUGGACAAGCUGCCAAUGGAUGCCUACACACACGGAUGCAUCCUCCACCCGGAGCUCACUACGGAUUCCAUGAUCCCAAAGUACGCCACCGCUGAGAUCCGCCGACAUUUGGCCAACGCCAGCACAGAACUGACAAAACUUGAUCACGAGGAGCCUCAACUUAUGGAGCCAUAUCUCUCCAAACAGAAGAAGCUCAUGGCUAAGAUAUUGGAACAUGAUAAUGUGAACUACUUGACCAAGAUUCUAAUACAGCUAUCAAUGGUUCUAGACCAAAUUGAAGCAGAGCUGGAAAAAAGAAAACUUGAAUAUGAAGGUCAGAAAUGUGAACUUUGGCUUUGCGGCCACAUCUUUACCUUAGCUGAUGUUCUGCUGGGAGCCACACUACAUCGGCUCAAGUUCCUAGGACUUUCCAAAAAAUACUGGGAAGACGGAAGCCGACCGAACCUCCAGUUGUUCUUCGACAGAAUACAGAAGCGAUACGCAUUCCGCAAAGUACUGGGAGACAUCCACACGACCCUGCUGUCAGCCGUCUUGCCCAACGCCUUCCGACUAGUCAAACGGAAACCACCGUCUUUCUUCGGGGCCUCAUUCCUUAUGGGGUCACUGGGAGGAAUGGGAUAUUUUGCUUACUGGUACUUAAAGAAAAAAUACAUGUAACGACUUACCAUUGGUGUUAGUUUGACGUCUCUGUGCUAUAUGUGGUAUUAUCGAGCCUAGUAACAGUAUAAGAAAUCUCAAAAAAAAAAA